CGGUACCGGCUCGCGGGACCAGUGUGACAGAAAUUUCGCUCUUUUCGCCGACGAGACUCGAGGAAAAAACACCAGAGAGGGAUACCAUGGGGCAGACAGUGAAUGAAGAGUCAAUGGAUGUAAAGAAGGAGAAUCAAGAGAAAGCUCCUCAGUCAGGCACAUCUUCUGUGCAGAAUGAUGAUUUUCACUGGGAAAAUUACUUGAAAGAGACUGGAUCUUUAAGUGCUCCUUCAGAGUAUUUCAGACAGUCCCAGAUUCCACCGGCUAAUGACUUCAAAGUUGGUAUGAAAUUGGAAGCCCAUGACCCUCGCAACAUGACUUCGAUAUGUAUCGCCACAGUCGUUGGAAUUACUGGUGCCAGGCUACGUUUAAGACUGGACGGUAGUGACAACAAAAAUGAUUUUUGGCGGCUUGUUGAUUCUCCAGACAUUCAGCCUGUUGGAACAUGUGAAAAGGAAGGGGACUUACUUCAGCCUCCGCUAGGGUACCAGAUGAACACAUCAUCUUGGCCAAUGUUCCUCUUGCGAACAUUGAGUGGAUCUGAAAUGGCACCUGCAACAUUCUUUAAGGAGGAACCAGCAAAGCCACCUCUAAAUAAUUUUAAAGUGGGAAUGAAACUUGAAGCUAUAGACAAAAAGAACCCUUAUCUGAUCUGCCCUGCAACUAUUGGAAAUGUUAGAGGAGAUGAAGUUUAUAUCACAUUUGAUGGCUGGAGCGGAGCUUUUGAUUACUGGUGCAAGUAUGAUUGUCGAGAUAUUUUCCCAGUUGGGUGGUGUCGCCUGACAGGAGAUGUAUUACAACCACCAGGAACUCAUGUUCCUGUUACAAAGAAUUUAGCAAAAACACAGUCUUCUUCCAAAGCAACCCAGUGUUCAAUGCAGUCUCCACAGAAAACUGCUGUAAUAUUAUCAACACAGCCGAUCAAAAAAUCAGGUCGGACUAAACCACCUGGACGUACUUCAGUCCCCAAGAAGGGAAGUUCUGUUAAAAAUAUCACGCCAAGGAAAAAAGGCCCAAAGUCAGGAAGAAAGGAAAAAUGUAUUCCUGUGCGUUCCACAUCUUCAACUUCUUUAAAUGAGCUGGUCAGAGAAGAUGAUAAUGUUUCAUAUGAUAAGGAUGCUGUUCCUGGGUCAUCUAAAAUAGUGAUGUCUACAGUCUGUGUCUAUAUAAACAAACAUGGAAGCUCUGGCCCUCACCUGGAUCAGAAGAAAAUUCAGCAGCUGCCGGACCACUUUGGCCCAGGUCCCGUCAAUGUGGUGCUCCGGCGGACAGUGCAGGCCUGCGUGGAUUGUGCCAUUCAGAGUAAGACUGUUUUUGAAUUCCUUACGCAAGAUCAUCGUGGAGGAGAAGUGAUAACUGCCUCCUUUGAUGGGGAAACUCAUUACACCCAACUCCCGCCAAUGAACAGUGCAUCAUUUGCUCUUCGCUUUCUUGAGACGUUGUGCCAUAGCCUGCAGUGUGAUAACCUUUUGAGCAGCCAGCCUUUUAGCUCUUAUAGAGGUAAUACUCAUAGUCCUUCUCAUAGUCCUGCAGAGCAUGAUCAAAAUAAAUCAGAAGAUACAACAGAAAAGAAAAGCACCAAACGACCUUCUCAGCAACCUGUGCCUCAUGUUGCUCCUCUCUCUCCUAAGCUCCCCAAAACAAAAGUGCAUGCCUCUACAGAAGAAGUAUUAUCUUCUGAGGGAGAUGGCAUGCCCACAGAGGAAGAGCCUCCUGAAGAGUUUAAGAACUCACCACUAAAGCCAGCAAGUCCUUUAAGUCCUGCCAGCAGAAGUCCUGUAAGCACUUAUAGCCCACUCUCCUGGGACGUUUCUCCAAGUGUGCCAGGCACCCCAACUUUACCACUAGUGGGGAACAAAGCAUCCACCAAGAACAAUCACCAUGAAGUUAAGUUGCAAACACAGAGGAAACCUGAAGAUUGUCUCUGGUUUUGGAGUGAAUUUUGUAGAGGGGCUGAAGAUAGAUGUUCAUAUUAUAAAGCUCCAAGUUAUAUAGCUGUACCUGACCCCAGUGUCCUGAAACAAGGCUUCUCUAAGGACCCUUCAACCUGGUCUGUGGAUGAAGUGAUACAGUUCGUGAAACAUAAAGAUCCUCAGAUAUCAGGCCCCCUCGCCGACCUCUUCAGGCAACAUGAAAUUGAUGGGAAGGCUCUGCUACUACUCAAAAGUGAUGUGGUAAUGAAGUAUAUGGGGCUGAAGUUGGGGCCAGCCUUAAAGUUAUGUUACCAUAUUGAAAAACUUAAAGAAGGAAAAUUUGAUUAAAAAAAUGUAUAAGGUUAGAUUAGACAUAAUUUUCAGUUGUCUUUAACUUUUUAAUUUAAAAGUAUUUUUAUUCUUGUAGCAGUUUUUGUUUUGUAGACAGUUCCUCUAAAACUAUGUUAUAUCCAGAAUUGCAGAACUACAUUACAAGUCCAAUCUACUUCUUUAAAAGAAAUUAACGUUAGUAUUAGCAUAUUCAAAUUGGCAGUUCUUUAUGUCUUUUUAUUAUUUUACACUUUGCAGUUUAUUAUUUUAUUGUACAGUUUACAAAUAUACUUCAUGCAGGAAACAGAGAAACACCUUUGAUUUUGAUUAAUGUUUAUAUAUAAAACCAAAACAGCUACAUCCCAAAGGGGAAAGUAUCAGGGACUGACAGUCUCUCUAAUGGAAUCCAUGAGAAGUUUUCCUUAGAAAAGAAUUUAAAGAUGCAACUGUAGAUAUCAUCUCUUUUUCAAAUAUUUUGUCUGUUACUGCAGUGUUCUGUUCGUGUUCUACCAAUUUCCGGAAAGGGAAUAGCCAUAUAAAUUACUUUCCUUUCGUUACUAUCUCUCUGUAUGUUGUAUUUGUUCAUAUUUAAAGAAAAAAACAAGCUUAUAAACUUUCAUAAAGUGUUCUUAUCAGUUUUUGAUAAAUUUUGAACAAUUAUAAGAUAGAAUGGUUGUUUUAUGCAGGAGAUAUUAUACUACAAGGGUGGUUUGGAUGGAGUCUGAUUAAAUUUUUUCAAUGAAAUACCUAUUUCAAAACUUUACAUAUUUUCUCUAAACUUAGACAUUUAACUAAGCAUUCAUUUCUCACAUCUCUAUAUGAAGACACCUGUCCCCAAAUUUUUAAAAUAUAUAUAUUUUAUUGUCUGUGUUUAUUCCUCAUACAGAUACUAUACCAUAUUUAUAUAUUAUUCUAUACCUGUAGGUAUUCAAACAAGUAAAUCUGUUCUUUUUGAAUUUAAUAUGGCACUUUGCACUGUCACAGAGGUAAUGGUUAACUAUUUAUAUAGUUGGAUGUUUUUAUCCUGAAAAAAUAUGUGCAUCAUUUGCUAUCACUAGUACCUCUCAGCUUAGUCUUCAGGGGAUAAGAAACAAUCCAUAGGUUUCCAUACAGGGAAGUUCUCUGUCCUAUGCAAUGUUGCUAGUUAAUUUGCUUAGUUCUGAGCCAUUUAUUCUGCUAAAUUUUGGAAGAUGCAUUAAUUCAGACUUAUCAUUUUGGGCUUUAUUUUUAAAGUUAGAACUUUCAAGGGGAAAUGGUGCUAUAUGUUUAUUGUUAUUACUUUGUAUAACUUUGGUGUAUUGUUUAUAAGCUAUGAAAUCUGUGCUAAAAGUAUUAGCCAUUUGUUAUAAAUGCCAAUGAAAUGUACACCAGGGGCAAGAAUGUACAUUUUCUUUUUUAGAAAACCAAAUGUACUUUAUAUGAGAACGCUACUAUUUAAAGGGUGGUUUCAUCUAUGUUGUUAUUCAUUUUGUGUUAUAAGACAAAAUUCUAAUUUAAACUUGGUCUUCUCUCAAAUUGUUUGUGUGAAGAUGCUGUGCCCAGUUAAACAGUCCUCAGGUGUUUGUAUAAAUACUGUUUUACAGUUUUCAGAUUUUAAAAUAUA